AUGGCAGUUGCCGUGCCGCCCAUUUCUGCAGAGAGGUCUAGACCUACCGCAGCAGGGUCCUUCGCAAGACGCGUCGGUCAACGUGUGCCUUUACCUGUAGCGGAAGCUUUGAGCUUUGCUUUCUCCUCCCCUCCAUGGUUGGAGGUCGGGCAUCUGAGUUACACGUCCAGGCUGCUGACCACAGGCAGAGCCACCGUGCGACUUUUGAGCUGGAUUCGCGCACAUUUCCCUGCGGCCCAUGCAAUCCGUCCUGCUGCAUCUUCAUAUGGACCAGUUGCAGCGCCGGUGGGCUUUUGCGUCCAGUGCAGAUGCGGUAAGAGUUUGCUGCGAGGAUACUUCGGAAGUGUACAGUCGUGGCAUCUGUUCGUUUCUAGGCAGGGUUCUCUCUUGGAUCUCGCGAUGGCAGAUGCCGUGCCUCCCGCUUCUGCAGAGAGGUUUAGACCUGCCGCAGCAGGGUCCUUCGCAAGACACGUCGGUCGUCGGAGUUGCAUGGCCAGGCUCCUGACCACAAGCGGAGCCAUCGUGCCUCUGUCGCACUGGAUUCGCUCGCCUUGCCACGCGGCCCAUGCAAUCCGUCCCGCUGCAUCUUCAAAGGGACCACUUGCAGCGCCGGUGGGCUGUUGCGCCCGGCGCGGACGCAGAGGGCGUUUGUUGCAAGGGUACUUCGGAUGCGUGCAGACGUGGCAUUUGUCCUUCUUUAGGCAGGAAGGCACGCAUUCCUUGUUGGACCUUUGCAGCUGUGCCGCGAGGUUUGCUUUUCCGGGGUGCUCUGCAAAACAAGUGCAGGAUGCGUGCAUGGUUGCACUGACCAAAGGCAGAGCCAUCGUCCAGGUUUCGGGUUGGAUUCGCCCACCUUCCGCCCCCGUCCCCAGAAUCCUUCCUUCUCCAGCAGGCGCAGCCCAUGACAAGCGCAAGCAACGAAGGCUUGCAGGUUUCAUCGGUGUGCAUCACCAAAACGUACAUGCUCCUGAGCUUGCACGUCGUGCCCACAAGUCGAGUUCGGAGCGAGCCAAGCAUUCCGUAAGCUGCAUGCGAUUUCCGGAGCUUGCUCCUUCGCGUUGCCUGCUUCCGGUCCGGGUCGCCCGAAAGAAGGACCCUGUGCUUCGGAGUUCCGGAUCUGUGGCUGCGCCCUCACCGAUGAAGAGCAUGCCUCUUUCACCCUCUCCCUCGCCCAGUGCAGCUUGCGUGCUGCGCCUGCAAGGAGCUGUGCGGAGUGUGUUUCGGCCAGACAUAGAAGAAGCAGUCGAAGCCAACUGGCUGGUGAUUUCUCCUGUCGACGAGACUCUGAGACAAGCUCAGGUGCCGUUCAUAUUGAUGAUCCGACAUCUUCUUCCACUGCUCCCGUCGGAAGCACUGCAGGGCCGAGAGGCACUUCUACGCCUCGUCCUUGUCGGACAUAGCCACGGGGGUGUGGUCGGUCAUAGCCUGGCACAGAUCCUUGAGUGCGCCGGCUUUCUCGUGAAGGGCAUUGUGGCUAUAGACACGCUCGGGCUGCCUCGCUGGAGCGGGAUGCCUUUGCCUCGCUUCGACACGCAGGGGCUCAUACGGAACUUGUCUCCGUACCACUGGCAGCUGACGGCCCCGAUGGUGAACAUGAUGGCUCCUGAGGUGCCGCCCUUUCGAAGGCUGCUUCUGAGCAGGGCCGAGCUUCUGGUUGGUGGAGCCGUCUUCCCGCCCAAGUACUUGAAGGAUGUCGACCAUUUCCAGAUUCUGCAGCAGAGCUCGUGGGACUUGGCAGUUGUGGUAUCCAGGACGUUAAGGAGGCAUUCCGGACAGCCGCAUGAUCGCCGGAUUCGGCUGCAAGCUUCCCCGGUCCAGCCUGAGGCAGUCAACCGGUGUGGCCAGGACUCCAGGGUGCAGAGACCCAGCACCCGAAGCGAUCCACAGCCGAGUCCCCGACAGCACCCGCAGAGUCCGCAGUGUCCGCAGCCACAGCGGCAGCCUCGUUUUAGUGCGCGUCCCGUGCCCUGGCCCCAGCCUGGGCAAUGGCACCCUGCUGCGCUUCGGCAUCUCCCGCCUCUGCCACCCUGGGCCUCGCCCUAUUCUACUCUCCCUCGCCUCCCUCCCCCGACGGAUCAUCCCCAGCUUCGCUAUGCUUCUCCGCCCCCGCCUUCCCUCCCGCCUUCACAUGCCCACGCCUUCACGCCUCACCCACCCAAGUACCCAAGCUGCCUGAGCUCCCCGCGACAUCUGCACCUGUCGAGUGGCACCACCCCCCAGCCCCAGGCCAGCGCUCCCAGCUCCUGCAGCGUUCCCUGCGGCGCACCCUCAGGCUGCCGCCUGGCCCCACCAAGAGCUGCGUUCCAACGGAAGCCCCGGUUUCUGAUCUGA